CCUUCCUCCUCGGUGGCGCAUGCGUCCCGGCUCCGGGGCUGCUCGUCGGGCCAGCGGAGGGAGGGAGCUGCCGGCAGCGCUCGGGUGCCGCCGCCUGUUGCACCAGCGCCCCGCGCCGCCAGCCAUUGUCCCCCGCUCCCAGCCGCUGCAGGAGGCCAAGCCGACCCGCCCGCGGGGACCCUUAUAUCGCUUUCUGCUGCGAUUCUCUCUUCUUGACUUGGAGGUCUUGAAAGAAGCUGCACGCUGCUGCAUGCAGUUACAUGUUCGGGUCAUGAAACUUAAUCCACAGCAAGCUCCGUUAUAUGGUGACUGUGUUAUUACAGUACGGCUGACUGAAGAAACUGAACUUGAAGAUGAUGUAGUGUUUUACUUGGUGUUUACUGGCUCCGCUGUCCAACACUGCACAAGCACUAGAAAAAUUAAUCAUGGGACAUUGGAGACCAUUGCUCCUGGCCAUGACUGCUGUGAGACAGUGAAGGUGGCACUUUGCGCUGCCAAGGAAGGGCUUCCUGUUCUAGUGGUGGCAGAGGGAAGUUUUCAGUUCAUUCAGGAUGAGGCCUAUGAUGCAGCUCAGUUCCUAGCAACCUGCGCUGGAAACCAGCAAGCACUGAACUUCACAAGAUUCCUGGACCGGUCAAGGCCUCCCUCUGGGGAUGUGGAUUUUCUGGAUGAGAAAGUGGUUUUGGCAUUUCGGCAUCUGAAACUGCCAGCAGAAUGGAAUGUAUUGGGAAAAGACCAGACGCUUAAUGGUGAGAACUAGUAGCAACUGAGUAAUGUGUGUAUGUAUGAAAGAGAGAGGAUCACUGCAUGUGUUGCAAUGUUUCUGUUGUGGAGAGCUCCUCUGAUGUGUGAGGGGAUUCUCCAGCAGAUAGAUCAAGAACCUGGGCUUUCAGCUUUAGCCAUGCUGAAGAUGCCCUGGUGCAACUUUCCCCAAACCUCAUGCAUAUCCACAGAGUUUGAAGCAGGGCUGUCUCUU